CACUUCCGUUGUCAGGUGGCGGCGCCGCAGCCAUGGAAGGAGGCGGCGGCAGCAGAGGCUGCGGCUCUGGUGGCUGCGCUGGGAGGCAGCGGUGAGUGGCUCCCACGCCCCCGGCCCGGCCCCGGCCACCGGGACGGAGAGCCGAGCAGCCCCGGCUCCGGGCUGCGGACUAUGGGCGAGAAGCGCUGAACCCCCGGGAAAGAACUGAGAAUGAAGCGGAGAGCAUCAGACAGAGGAGCUGGGGAAACGUCGGCCAAGGCCAAGGCUCUAGGGAGUGGCAUUGCUGGAAAUAAUGCCAAGAGAGCAGGGCCUUUCAUCCUGGGUCCCCGUCUGGGCAACUCACCGGUACCAAGCAUUGUGCAGUGUUUGGCAAGGAAAGACGGCACGGAUGACUUCUAUCAAUUGAAGAUCCUCACCCUUGAGGAGAGAGGGGAGCAAGGAAUAGAGAGCCAAGAGGAAAGGCAGGGCAAGAUGCUGCUGCACACCGAGUACUCGCUGCUCUCCCUGCUGCACACACAGGACGGUGUGGUCCACCACCAUGGGCUCUUCCAGGACCGCACCUGUGAAGCAGUUGAGGACACAGAGUCCGGUCGGAUGGUGAAGAAGAUGAAGAAACGUAUCUGCCUCGUCCUUGACUGCCUCUGUGCACACGACUUCAGCGACAAGACUGCUGACCUCAUCAACCUGCAGCACUAUGUCAUCAAGGAGAAGAGGCUCAGCGAGCGGGAGACCGUGGUCAUUUUCUACGAUGUGGUCCGAGUGGUGGAAGCCCUGCACCAGAAAAACAUCGUGCACAGAGACCUGAAGCUUGGGAACAUGGUGCUCAAUAAAAGGACCCAUCGGAUAACUAUCACCAACUUCUGCCUUGGGAAACAUCUUGUGAGUGAGGGGGAUCUGCUGAAGGACCAGAGGGGGAGCCCUGCCUACAUCAGUCCCGAUGUGCUCAGUGGCCGGCCGUACAGGGGCAAGCCUAGUGACAUGUGGGCCCUGGGUGUGGUUCUCUUCACCAUGCUGUACGGCCAGUUCCCCUUCUACGACAGCAUCCCACAGGAGCUUUUCCGCAAGAUCAAGGCUGCGGAAUACACCAUCCCCGAGGAUGGGAGGGUCUCUGAGAACACAGUGUGUCUUAUCCGGAAACUGCUGGUCCUUGACCCUCAGCAACGCCUGGCUGCUGCGGAUGUCCUAGAGGCCCUCAGUGCCAUCAUUGCAUCGUGGCAGUCCCUGUCCUCUCUGAGUGGGCCCUUACAAGUGGUUCCUGACAUUGAUGACCAAAUGAGCAACUCUGACAGCUCCCAGGAGGCAAAGGUAACAGAGGAAUGCUCCCAGUACGAGUUCGAGAACUACAUGCGACAGCAACUGCUGCUUGCUGAAGAGAAAAGCUCCAUCCAUGAGGCCCGGACGUGGGUGCCCAAACGGCAGUUCGGUAGCAUGCCACCAGUGCGACGGCUAGGCCAUGAUGCGCAGCCCAUGACUUCUUUGGACACAGCUGUCCUGGCACAGCGCUAUCUGCGGAAAUAGUGCCCUCAGCUAGGGCACCAGCCCAGCCGAGCUGGACUGACUCCCAGGCUGCUAUAGGGACAGGGCAGGGAUAGGGACAGCCCAGGUCACAGCCAGGGUCAACAGAGGUACCACAAAGCUACCUUUUAGGAUGAUUGCUUGAUUUUUUUUUUUAAUCUAAAAAUUCUAGAUAACUGAUCUGCUUUUAAUCAUGACAUUUUAAUCUACCUCUGUCUAUCUAACCACACUGUCUCUGGACCGACUGCUGGGAGGAAAGAGGGGAGCCUAUGCUCGCCAUCUAGGCCCUGGAACAGCUACAGCCCGGCCAGCCACUGCUCCCCACAGUCCAUAUAAGCUGACCAUGCAGCUCGCUACUGGCCCCCAGUGAGCACCCCUUCCCGCUAUCCACGUCCUCACCACCACCCCUCCCCUAGGGCCUUCCCUCAGUCUAAGCUUUGAAACACUUUUCACCUCAUCUUCUGCCCGAUUCAAAUAUAUUUAUUUUUUUACUGAACUCAACUUCUCUGCCCCCCGCCCCAGCCUGGCUGGGUAAUGGGGCCCACAUGUAUAUGCAGGCCCCCUUCUCACCCCCAGGCACCUAGGAGUUCUCUUGCCAGUUCUUCUCUGCUCUCCCCUACUGGGCCUGUUUCUACACUUGGCUCUUUCUUUGUCUCUGAGGUUUCUGAGGUGCUGCACAUGUGCAUUAGCCCUGCCUCCUCCAUCCUUCGAGUGGUACCCAGGAUAACAUGGGCAUGGUGUAAACGGGCCUGUGGUGACUUUGGAGGAUGCUCGGACCUGUGAGGGACAGGCCACUAUGCUCAGAGACCCUCCCACCCUGCCUCAGAAGUGACCCUGGGCAGAUGCCUACCUGGGGGUGAAAGACUUGGAGGAAACCUGUAGGGAUCGGGGACCUAACUACCUGGCUUGAGAACAGCCCUGCUAUCCUUUUUGAGCCGAAAUUUUGAAGUGGAUGCCCGUCUUGCCAGAAAUGCUGUUCUCUCCAGAAUGCUCCUCCCUGCACUGGACUUGGCACACCCAGUAGCAAGCAAAGACCCAGUUCUGCAGGCCUACACCCUGUGUAACCUCAGAGAGCACAAUGGCCCCCUCCUGGCAGUCCUAGACCCUUCCUGCCUCUUGCUCUCCAAUGGGGGAGGUCAUGUUUCCUAGAGUGUGAGCUGCCCCUCACCCCCUGAAAAGCUGACUCACUGUGAGUGACCUUGGGCAAGUUCCCAAACCUCCUUGUGCCUCAGUUUCCCCAUCUGGAAAAAAUGGGGCCACCUCUUGCCAGCAGUAGCAGGGCUGCCCAUGUCCCUCCCUCCCCCCCCCCAAUCCCUCCUAUCCAGCCCUGGGCGCCUGUGCCUCUGUUUUGCUGGGCCUGCAGGAACCCACCUGGGCCCAGCACAUCCCCUAGCAUCCAGCCCUGUCUCUAGUUCAGCCAUCCUGUUGCUGGAGUCAGGGCAUGGUGCUGGGUGGGUGGGGGGGAGGGCUCUUUUCUAUAUUUAUUUGAUAAUGAAAAGUCUCCUGAGGGAGCAGAAAUGCAGUCAGCCUGGGCUCCAGCCCAUGACUGCCCUCCAGUGAGGCUCUGCGGCCAGGUUAAGGGCCCUCCUGGGCGGAGCCCCUGCCUGGUGUCUCAGGCCUGCACCCACAGCCCUCCUUUUAAAAGCAAUACCUUCAGGUCUGCAGAGUCCAUCAGACAGCCUGGUUCCUGCCAAGGUCAGCCCUAGGUCUGAUGGUACUUCUGGCAAUGCAGAUGAGAGGUUGGGCCUACCCUCACUGGUGUCACACACUGAGAAGUCCUAUUGUAAAGAAAAGACCAAAAAAAAAAAAAAAAAAAAAAAAGAAAAAAGAAAAAAAAGUCACAAAAAAGAGUUUGUAUAAAGACGUAUUUUUGUACUACAUGGGGACUCUUCCUGCAUGUCAGCAAUAAAACUUCCUGGUCUGGAGCCACCAUUGCCUGCA